UAUUUCAUUAUCUCUUCCGGUUCGCGCGUUAUCGCAUCUCUAUUUCCGGCUUCAUUGAUUCUUCGCGUCCCGAAUAACGUCACCGCCUGCUCUUGGCAGUCUCGUCAGUAGUCGAUCGCUCACGAUGCGCGUCGGAUUUAUCUUAGUGUGCUCUCUCGUGACACUCGUUGGACUCGGUGCGGCUCUUUGCACCCUGAGCAAAUACAAUAGCGCGGACGCAGGUAACUGGGUCAAAUGUUCGAACUCGAGCCUGCGGGAAGCCCUGGACAGAGGAGGCGAAGCUAAUUAUUUGGCCGCGGUAACGAUAUCUCGAUCGAAAAUUUGGAGCGUGCCGGCGAACGCUUUCAUAAAAAAUGCCAAUCUGCGGGCAUUGAGUCUGCACGAUUGCGGAAUACGUCGAUUGGAUCCGGACGCAUUUGUCGGCUUGGCUCUGUUGGACAAGCUCAGUCUCUCGAGCAACGAUAUAACGAGCGUCGAGCCAAAGUGGUUCGCGAGUCUCUCGAAUCUCGAACAAUUGGAUUUGUCCUUCAACAAGAUCAGGAAUGUCGAGCCUUCGGUUUUUCCGAGACUCGUCAAUUUGAGAAGAUUGGAUCUCGAUGAGAAUCUAUUGACGUGCCUGGACCCGAAAGACAUGAGCCCGCUGAGGAGCAUCGCCAAAAUUCGCGUACUUGAAAAUCCACUCGGUCUCGUCUGUCGAGGAAAGAUGACCCUCUGGUUCAAAGAUAAAGGAAUAAAUUAUUCGAGCGACCUUCCAGCGUCUCCGAGUUGGCUGGACCGUGUCCUUUGGCUCUGUGCCGAGGACGGUUACGGUCGCGGUCGCGGCGUCAGCGCGACAGCAGGAAUAACCGACGACGAGAAGACGAUGCGGGAAUGCGUCCUUUUCAGUGUAUUCGAUCAAUUGAGAUCGGCCUUGAAAACAACAGCUUCUUAUUUCGCCUCGAGCGGACGGUGCGUCUCGGAAACUCGGGGUUUUUUGCAGUGUCUCGUUCGCAAAACCGGCAACAAUGAGUCCGCAGGGAUGACCGACGCUCAGGCGGUCACCAAAAUCAUUUCAAAUUUACGAGGGGUUCGAGAAGACCUCGACCGAAUGUAACCUGCGAAAAUAAACUCUUCGUUUAAUAACCGCGGAGUGCGGGACACGUCGAACCAAGCAUAUUUUUUUCCCGGCUACCAAAAAUGCUGCUCCUUCAAAUUCUUGUACGACAUAAAAUUCAAUAAAAUUCUUUUUCUCCUCUC